AUGCUUCCCAAGUCUGUUCUCCUUACUCUUGUUCCCUUCGCAGUGGCUGGUCCCAUUGCUCGCCGAACCAUCCCCGGCAUUGGAGGUGAUUCUGGCAGUGGCCUUGGUUCGCUUCCUGGCCUUGGAGGUGGCUCUGGUUCCAGCACUGGUGGUCUUCCUUCGCUUCCCAGUCUUGGAUCCGGUCUUGGAUCCGGCCUCGGAGGAGGCUCUGGCUCUGGCCUAGGAAAGCUUCCUGGUCUUGGAGGCGGCUCUGGCGGCGGUCUCGGCUCGCUCCCCGGUCUGGGAGGAGGUUCUGACUCUGGCUCGGGAUCCGGCCUUCCUUCUCUUCCUGGCCUCGGAGGUGGUUCAGGUUCUGGCUCCGGCGGCUCGACUGGAGGAUGUACCACAGGAUGCGAUUCUGGAUCUGGCAGUGGAUCUGGAUCUGGAUCUGGAACUACUCCCACUCCCGCUCCCUCUAACAUUGCGGCCCCUGUGCCCACAGGCACUGCCGUUGCCUCCCCCGUUACCUCCGACUCCGACUCUGGAUCCGACUCUGGCUCCGGCUCCGGAUCUGGAUCUGGCACCGGUGGUCUUCCCUCGCUCCCUAGCCUUGGAUCUGGUCUCGGCUCUGGUCUCGGAGGUGGAUCUGGCCUCGGUAAGCUCCCCGGCCUCGGUGGUGGUUCGGGCUCCGGCUCCGGCCUCGGUGGCCUCCUCGGAGCUUCUGGCGCCGGUUCCGGUCGCUCUACCAUGAACGACCUUGAGGGCGAGUGCAAGGACGUAACUGUCAUCUUCGCCCGCGGUACCACUGAGCCCGGUAACGUCGGAAUGGCCGCUGGACCUCCUUUCUUCAAGGCCCUUGGCGAGAAGCUCGGCAGCGACAAGCUCGCUGUUCAGGGUGUUGACUACAAGGCCGACAUUGCUGGUAUUAUGCAGAUGGGUGACAAGGCCGGCACUGAGAAGAUGGCUGCCCUUGUUAAGCAGGCUGCUGAGAAGUGCCCCAAGACCAAGAUUGUCAUGUCCGGAUACUCACAGGGUGCUAUGCUCGUCCACGGUGCUGCCCGAGCUCUUCCUGCUGAGACUUCUUCCAAGAUUGCUGCUGUUGUCAACUUCGGCGACCCCUUCCAGAAGCAGGCCAUCAACGGCGUCGAUGCUGACCGUGUCAAGAUCAUCUGCCACACUGGUGAUGGUGUCUGCGCCGGUACUGCUGCCAUCACCCCCGACCACCUCACCUACAGCAAGGAUGCUGGUGCCGCUGCUGAGUUUGUUGCCAGCAAGUGUCAGUAA